ACCAAUAAACGUGGGCACGUGGUCGUUUGUGGGAAUCUUAACAGUACGGGUCGGAGCCCAACUCCGUGGGCAGAUACGGCCCACAAUACAUGCCCGAUGAAACAAAGUUGAAGCUAGGUCGAGGGUUCUGCACAACCCAAAGGAAAAUGCAGGAAACUGUUGAGAAAAUUAGCAAAAUUCGGUGGGUGUAAUCUGGGUUCCAGCCCAAGAAGGAGAAGGAGAAGCAGCAGCACCUAUGGCGAGUAGCAAAUCAACUGUAGCAAGGACCACGUUCGAUCUGCCUUUUGAGAUAACGGUGGAAAUCCUGUCGAGAUUGCCAGUGAAAUCCCUCUUGCGAUUCAAGUCCGUAUGCAAAACCUGGUAUGAUCUUAUCAGAAACCCUGAUUUUAUUGCCAAACAUCUUCUAUCCCCGGUCACUCAAAACCCCACCCCUCUCCUAGAAACUGGUUUUAAUAUUGUAACCCAAAACCAUGAAAUCUCUUUAAUCUACGACGAUGGGUUUAACUACGGCCCUAUCAAUCUCCUUUUCCCAUUUUUGGACAUGAGGAAUUAUGAUGGCACUUGGGAUUUUGAGGGGGACGAUGAUUAUUUUUCCAUUGGGGGUAUAUGUAAUGGUUUGGUUUGCGUAAGUUUAUCUUGGUUUGGAUAUCCAUUGUUUCUAUGCAAUCCCUCCACCAGACAGUUUCGGGAGAUUCCGAAUUCCAAAUGGGGCAAUGAGCAUUUGAAUGGUAUCCAGGUUAGUUUUGGGUUUGGCUUCCAUCCCAGUGCUAAUGAUUACAAGUUGAUUAGGAUUGUGCUUUAUUCUAGUCCUAUCAGGGAAUGCGAUGUCCGAGCUGAUCUGUAUGUAAUGAGCACCGAUACUUGGACGGAAAUUGAUUUUAAUAAGCUUUCGCUGUUCGUUGGGGAGAUGAAUGAAUGGGGAGAGCAUGAAUCCAUCGUGUAAAUUGUUGGAUCUUUUGCUUCAGCAGUCUUGAAUGGAGUUUUCUAUUGGCCUGCACGUGUAGUCCCAACUGAUCAAAUGGUUGUUAUGUCCUUCGACAUGGGUAAUGAGGUGUUCAGAAGAAUAAGAACACCGGAGUGUUUGGAUAGUACUUGGGAUCUAACUAACUGGAAGUUUACUGAAUCAGAUGAUAAACUUGCUGUGGUGGUUGUUUCUCCUCAUGAAAGGUGCUUUGAUGUGUGGGUGUUGAAUGAAAGCGAGAGUUCAUGGACUAACCAAGUUAAAGUUGGAUCUUUUCCGAGGAUUGCAGGUGAUAUGGAAGGUGGGGUUGAUGGUCUAUGUACAGUUAGAGUGAUGGGAGGUGGGAAAAAUGGUAAAUUGUUAAUGACUGAUUAUAAAUACAUGACUGAUGAGCUAAUGCUCUUUUCAUAUGAUACAAAGACCCGGCAAACUAUGGAUCUUUAUGUUGGUCAGGUUUAUUAUGGAUCUUGUGUUUAUUUGUAUGCGGGGACUCUACUUCCAGUCAUGCAAGCCAAUGAAAUAGUGCUUAACAAGUAGAACAAGAGAAGGAAGCAUUUAAUUUUGCAGAAGCAACUCAGAUGUGACUUGUGAGUUGCUAUUUGGAAUGCUUUCUUUGUUCAUGGUUAUUUUGGUUGUGGUUGCAUAACUAUGCUCAAAGUAGUCUCUUGCGGAAACUAUUUUUAAGAACCCUUUUGUUACUAGAAUCCAGUGUUCCAUGUUGGAGCCUGGUUGUACUUUCUUUUGAUUAUGUAAUACAUGUUGACACUUGAUGUAUGUAAUGUUGACUGUUAUAUUUCAGAGCCUAUGUUUCAACUUCCUAUUGAUGUAUCA